GCCGUGUCGGGAAGGGGAGUCGAGGUCUGCUAAAUGAUCCACCGUCAGAGGGACGAUGGUGGAGGGCUGGUAAAGAUGGCGGCGCUCUCCCAGGAUGGGAGAUAUGGAUUGAAUUGUGGCCGAGGGAAUGCAGACAGAGUGACCGUUUUGCAUGUCAAAUUGACCGAGACGGCUGCGAGAGCCAUCGAGAGCCACCAAAACUGUAAGAAUGUACCUUCUUUACGGCCAUUAAUACAAUUCAAGGGACUCCAAGGCUGCAUUAAGAUUCCCAGGACGGAUUCCCCUUCAGACGCCUUCCAUAAUUUUGAGUUUUACUUGUCUAAUGUUGGCAAAGACAACCCUCAGGGAAGCUUUGAAUGCAUUGAACAAUAUGCAACAAGCCUGGGAGCCUCCCACCUGGCUUCCAUGGGGACCGUACAGGACAAGGUCACCGUGUGUGCCACCAAUGACUCGUACCAGGUGACCCGAGAACGCAUGACCCAGGCCGUGGAGGAUACACGUGAACGCGGGACCAAAGUCAUCAAGCCUGGGGGCAAGUACCGAGGAAAGCAAGUUCAGAUGCGCAAGCCCGGGAUGUCGGCGCCUGACGUGGUGCCUGAGCGCAAGCGGUCCACGCCCAUCAACCCAGCCAACACCAUCCGCAAGUGCCUUAGCAACAACCCCGUGUCCCAGCGGCCCUACCGCGACAGGAUCAUCCACCUGCUGGCCCUCAGGUCCUACAAGAAGCUGGAGGUGCUGGCCCGGCUACAGCGCGACGGCGUCAGCCAGAAGGACCGCAGCUCUCUGGGAAGCACCUUGCAACAGGUGGCGAAUCUGAACCCCAAAGACAACUCGUACUCAUUAAAGGACUUCAUGUUCCGUGACAUCCAGAAAGACUGGCCCGGUUACUCUGAAGACGAUAAGGUCCAAGUGGAGCGUAACAUUAUUCGUAAACUGGGUCUACCUGAGCCCCUUCCAUCCAGCUGUUCUCCUAAAGACAACCUCACCUUGUCCCCACAGAAACGACCGCCGGAAGGAGACUUCAUCGACCCACUCGCCCCCAAGAAGCCUCGCAUCUCCCAUCUCAGCAGCCGGGGUCCCGCCACGUCCUCCACCUCCUCGGACCGCCCUCGCGAGGACGAGGGCUCCAAGCGCCUCUCCCUCCCCUCCGGCGUCACCUCCGCCCCGCCCACGCACCUGCCGGCGUCCUCCCACCACCACCACCACCAGCAGCCCAGCCCGGCCUCCCACUCCAACUCCCCCAGCACCCCCGAGGGCUGCGGCACCCAGGACCUGCCCCUGGACCAGAGCUCCUCCUGCAGGGACCCUUCGCCCAGCCCCACCCGUAGCCCCCCACCCUCCGACCGGACCCCGCUGGACCGCUACCUGCCGCCGGGCCCCGGGCCUGCCGCCUCCCCUCCCCCGGCCCCGGCCCCUCCCCCCCCGCGGACCUCCCUGACGGUGAGCUCCACCGUCAUCAGCAGCAGCCCGGUCCCGUUCAGCAGCACUAGUAAGAAGCCCAAGAAGGCCAAGAAGCACAAAGAGAAGGACCGAGAGAGGGAGAAGGGGAAGCGCAAGGAGAAGUCCAGCUCUGGGCCGACUCCUACUCCUACUCCCACCCCCACGCCUCUUCCUCCUCCUCCUCCUCCCCCUCCUCCUGCCCCCCCCAGGGUGGUAGAGCCGCCGCCUGUAGAGCUGCCUCCUGUAGAACAGCCUCGUGUAGAGGAGGCACAGAGGCCCAGGAAGAAGCCGCGUUUGGACAGGGAGGAGAGGGAGGACGUCACCAAGCUUCCGCAUAAAGACAAGGAUUCCUCUGAAAAAGGGAAGCCGGUCCAUUCCACAGACAUUACUCCCCCCAUCGUGGUGGCUGAGUAUCUGAGCAAGUACACGCCGCUGUUAUCCCUGGACCAGCGGCAGAACUACAAAGACGACUUCAACUCAGAGUAUGACGAGUACCGGGUCCUGCACGCACGUGUGGAGAGCACCACUCGCCGCUUCACCCAGCUGGACGGCCAGUGCAAGAAGCUGGUGCCCGGCACCAAAGAGCACCAGAAGGUACACGAUGAAGUCCUGAAGGAGUACAAGAAAAUCAAACAACAGAGCCCCAACUACCACGAGGAGAAGCAGCGCUGUGAGUACCUGCACAACAAGUUGGCCCACAUCAAGCGGGUGAUCGCCGACUUUGAUCACCGCCGGGCCCAGGCUUGGAGCUGAGAUGGGUGCUCCACCUGCCGGCUGUCCCCAUACAUUUUCACUAGAUCAGUAUUGAGAGAGAGGAGUGCAUUGAUUGGGGGAAGAGAGGGAGAGAGAGGGGUAUCCAAAACGGCUUAUUUAUUAUACCUCCUCUGUUACUGCCUCUCUUAUCAGCACCCCUCUUGCCCACAUUUCAAACAUCAAACCUAUUGUCAUUCCUUCCCUCUUUUGUCACCCUCUUUGAUUCCACGCAUGUCCUGCAGUUCUCAACUUUAAAAAAAAAAAAAAAAAAAAACGAAAGAAAAAGAGCCCCUCCUUUUCAGUUCUUUUUGUAAUAUAUGAUUUAAGUAAGUCUCUGCUGGAUUUCUGGACCACUGAACCAGUGGAAGGAUCGCCAUGCAUGUGGGACAGGGUUUGGGGAAAUAUGGAACUCUUCUAGUCUUCUGAAGGACUUUAUCUCAAGACAUAAAAAAAGAACAAAAAAAUGUAUUUUUCAGCAGCAGAGUAAAUAUGAACCUGUAUUUAAGUAAAAGUUGAGAGGGAGAUCUAUUUAUUUUGAGACUCGCAGUGAAAGAGCAAGAGUCUACAGAUGAUUUAUUGUUUAAAAAGAGAAAAAGUUAAACUUCUGUCAAAACCAAUGCAAAAAAUGACCAUGGGCCUUAUGUGUUUGACUUUCUGAAGCCAUUUUGCACGCAAACAUCCAUAUGUCAUGUCAGUUCGCAAACGUGGCUCCACUGCCUCGUUUUCCUACCCCGCCCCCUCCCCAUUCCUUAGCCUUCACUAUUAACUGUGCUGGACUAUCUUCCUCUGCUCCAACACAUCGAGUUCUGAGCGGGACAGGAAAGGGAAAAUGAGAUUAGCAGAACAAAUCAAGUGAGCUGAACGAGUUGCCAAUAGUAUCUGUGCAUGGAUCGUGAACUAAGCUGUAUUAGCCAUAUUGGAUGGUUCAGGGGUUUGGUGACAAAAAGAGAGAAAAAAAAAGUAUAGUGCCCUCUUUAUGUCAGGUGGGAGAGGCGGGGUGGGGGGGUCAGUGUUCUGUGUCCACGCUGCAUCAAGGGUGCUGCAUCAAGGGUGCCUUAAGGUGUUUACUCUGAGACAUCAGCUGGAGCAGAUCAUAGAGGUCCCUGAGGCUAUACAGAGAAACUACAGCUGCCUGACAAGUGUGUGUGUGUGUGUGUGUCUGUGUCUGUUUGUGUGUGUGUGUCUUUCUGUCUGCUUGUGUGUGCGUGUGCAGUUAAGGGAGCAAAUUUUUUUUUUUGUCUGGAUGUGAGUGUUACUACGUGUGCCUGAGUACGUUUGCGCACAACUGUGCAUUAACAGGAGUGACCGGUGAAAAUAAAAAAGGUAAAUGAAAAUCCAAUCGUGAGGAAAAAAAAGUGAGAAAAAAAAUGUAAAAGGAAAAAAAGCUGCUAUAGUGUUUAAUGAAGCCCGCCAGGUGGUUCAGUGUUUACCCUGGCUCAACUAACCCACGUUAUCGAUCGGGCAGAUAGGGAGGAAGCCCUCUCCUAGAGCAGCGGAUUUCUAGCAAGACUGGAAAAAGAACUGGGCCAACCUUCAGCUUUAGCCAUUGGAAAACAGGCCACUCUCUGUUAGCCAUUGAAAGGAAAUUGUCAUCCAUCAGAGAACAAAUCUUCAUUGUAUUGUCACGAAUAAUGCUUUUGAUUCUCAAUUUGAGUUGUCAUAGUGGCAGAGCAGUGUAAGAAUUGUAAAAAAGCUUGCCUCCAUCAAAACAUUUAUUUUGACGGAUGGAUGAAUGGGUUCCAAUGAAAAUCGAAUAUAUUUUUGCGUCUAUUUUAACAAGGGAAACGAUAUGUUUACAGUCCUGUGUUAGGAUGUUUGCCAAAAAAGAGAAAAAGUAACACUUCUGGUAUUGUCACCAUGGAGUAAAAUUUGAUUUAAUCAUAUUUUUUUUUUUCAACACUCGACAUUGAUACUGGAAAAGUUGUUGUUUCACUUCCCUUUAAAAUAAAUUAAGUAAAGUCACUUGGGUCUUAAGGUGGGGAGAGGAGGUAUUUAUUUAGUUCUCCUGGAGAAAUCCACAAUGUAACGCCUGACUCGGUGUUGCAGGGAAGCCGGGUUGUCAGUCCCUUUCAGCAACCUGGUCUUUUGAACAUUGAGUCUGUUUUGAUGACACGGCGGUGUCAUAAAUGAUUGCACAAGCCUCUGGAUUCUGACACUGUCAAACGACUAGUCUCUGCAGUAGACUAGUUUUUAUGGUGGCCUGUCGGAAGUGAACAGAUACAAUGACAGAUUUUUAUUUGCGUAGUAGUCCUUUAAGGAAACCAAAGCUCUUGGUAACAUACUGCACAUACAAUAAACACUUGUAUCCGGAAAUUGUCAAGUAUAAAGAUGCAUCGACGGAAAUGGCCUGGUAAUGAACACAGAAGUCAAACUUUUUUUUAUUUUCUGUUCAUUUCAUCCUUUCUAGCCCGCAUUGUAUUAGGACAAUUUGAGUUGCGAGAGGGCUCACACCAAAGCUUAUCAUAUGCAGCAGGUUAGCGGUAGUCCUACCAACUGUUUCCUUCUCCGAGCCUCUCUCCCCCCUUAUUCGUCACUAAUUGUAGCAAUCUUCAGACGUUAAGCCCCUCGCCUUACUGGACCUCUGGGAAAGCAUGGAGCACAUGCUAGCCAUUAGAUCCCAUUCAUUCUGCAGCUUUAAGACGUUUGCUGUCCCUGCCACAACCCCACGGGGCUGGCUUGAGCCAAUCUCGGCAGCAGUGGCAAACGCAGAGGGCUGAGAAGAGAUUUAGAUAAAGGAGUCUUAACAAGCCAGGCUCCAUAAGUGAAUCAUCUCAGUCCAAACUAUGGAGGAAGAGUUUUGUCCACCAAAAUAGUUAAUUGAAGGGGAGAGAGAUACAGAUAUCAUGGGUAUGUUUGCUAAGAGAGACCACUGAAAUGUAACCUUAUUGUGAAUGAAAUCUGAGCCUGUCCACCAGGCGAUGUAAAUCAAUAAAGAUUACCCAAGUUGUAUCUGGAAA